CCACAGGCACGCUUCGCAGAGGAUCAUCGGCUCAGAAUUGAGCAUAUACAGUGAACUGAAUUCUAGGAAGUGCUGGAAAAAUUGAUUUGUCCUCCAGCAGGUUGUCCUUUGGUUGCAGAUGGACCACCAAGGGCAGCGAUGUUCCUAACAGGAGACGAGAGAUCGACUUCCGUUUUUAAUGACUACAAGGGGCCAACCUCACAUACGACGCGUGGAUUGUUUGAAGCCAAAUGCACCUUCUGCGCCCCUGUGACCCUGGGUCAAUCUCUUGUACUGCUUUUACCAUGUGGCGAGUGUUCAGGUGUGUUUUUACUACAGUCAUUUAUUCAUAGUUCUUGUCUCCUUCAUGGCUUUUGUUGUUUAAUUUCACUCAUUUCACCCGGUAGCAAACGAAAUAUUAAGGAACCUCCAAAGUUGAACACAGUCUGUUCCAGGAUGUUUGUCGACAUCCAAUUUGUCUAUAUUUCAAAGCAGAUUAUCCUGUAACAGUGUAAUCUAAUGAUGUAAAUCAAAAUAUUCCGUUCAGCAAGACAAAUUGGUGACAUCAUGAAAUGUGUAAAGUGUCAAUUGUUGUUUGUAAAACAAAAAAAAAUAAGUUAAUGGCUGUGUAAUAAGACUUAAUAAAGAUCAACUAAAAUAAAAUAUGUGACCCUGAUAAUGUGGCCUAGGUGUAGCACAUAUUGUAUUGAGGAGUUUGGGCAAAGGAGUCAACUUCUUGCGUCACACUUAUUAACAUCCAAGUGUAAACAUUUCAAACUUAGCCUCACACUAAACUGAGACAUGUGCCAACUUCGACUUUGGUACAUGUUUUUAAAAGUUUUUUUUCCCCCCCAUCUCCAAUUUCAAAAGCGCCAAAGCAACAUAUUUUUUAGUUGGUUUGUUUUUCACUCAAACUGGUUUGUGUAUACUGCCCAAAGUCUCACGGGAAACAAACUAAUCAGAAAUCAACCAGCAUCCUGAAAAGGAUUGCCUUUUCAACUUAGAGGUUCCACUGUUUUUUCUCUUUUCUCACUUAACAAAGUGCUACAAAAGAUGUACUUAUUUUGGUGGUUAAAUACGUGGACCAUUGUGUGUUACAUCUUGAUAACUAAGAACAAUGAACUUUAUACCGAAUGUGGUAUUUGUGCAAUGAACAAAAGCUCUGAGGUUCCAAAUUUAGCUCGCCAUUGUUGUGAAACAGCCAAGUCAUUUCUCGAGAUUCUUCUCCCCUUGACCUGAUGUUCAAAACACGCAGCAGGACAAAGGCAAAGGAGGUAAAUGCUGAACUUAAAAUUCCCACCGCAUAAGUGCUAAAUGAGCUAGUGUCAGAUCACAUCCGAAAUUAUAUAAUUGGUCAGACUAUUGCAGAGUUGAUUAUGCUCUCACGCAACCUUCAUAGUGUAAGCAUUUUCCAAGUUAGCGGUUUAUAUCAGUACAGUACUUCAAGCUUGGGUGGUUUCUGUCAAUGUUUAAUUUCUUCUCUCCUGAGGGGAGGGGAGGGGAGGAUGUUUGCAAAUAGACUACUGCGGUGUGCCCUCCUGAGAGAAGCAUUAAACUGAACGCUGCUCUCAUUAGUUACAGUUGUAGACACCUGCCACUCAGCGGAGACCGAUGCCAGAAUACUUUCAGCUUCCUUCGCUUUGCACACUUGAGGAUUGGCUCGGAGUCCGUGACAAAAUGUAAGCUCGCUGGAAUUCACUGUACUACUGGGGACAGCGGCCUUAACUGGAAGAAGCAUCUGCCGUUCAAGCUGGGGAGUUUUUCCAAGUAAGUGAAACAUGGCCAGCACGGCAGUUCAGCUCCUGGGUUUCUUCUUGAGCCUGCUCGGGUUUGUGGGAAGUCUAGUUGCCACUCUGCUCCCGCACUGGCGCAGCUCGGCGCACGUGGGCCCAAACAUCAUCACGGCCACAGGCUACAUGAAAGGCCUGUGGAUGGAGUGCGUGUGGCACAGCACGGGCAUUUAUCAGUGUGAGCUGUAUAGAUCUCUCCUGGCGCUGCCGCAGGACAUGCAGGCUGCCCGUGCACUCAUGGUGCUGUCCUGUGUGACUUCAGUCCUGGCAAUUGCGGUUUCUGUGAUGGGAAUGAAGUGCACCUACUUUGCCCAAGGCUCAUUAAUCAAGUCCCCUCUGGUGAUGAGCGGAGGGAUCUGUUUUCUCUGUGCUGGUUUACUCUGCUUGACCACUGUAUCCUGGACCACCAAUGACAUCAUCGUGGAUUUUUAUGACCCCUUCCUUCCGAGCGCCAUGAAGUACGAGAUCGGGCUAGCGGUGUAUCUCGGUUACGCGUCAGCCUGCCUCAGUUUGUGCGGGGGACUGGUACUGUGCUGGAGUAGCAGCGGCGAGCGGUCGCGGGGGCGACCCCAAAGGCAGAGGAGGCCGCCUUCAUCCCCUCCUCCUUAUAUCAACAACACCUACCCCCCGGCUCCCCCAUACAAUCCUCCAGAGGCCCUCAAGGGUAAUCGUGCCCCCUCACUUUGCUCUGUCUCCAGCAGUGGCUACAGACUUAAUAACUAUGUCUAAUGUCCGCGUGGAAGUGCUUGCUUAACACGGGCACGCCUAAGCCACUGCACUGAAGGGAAGUAAGAUAUGGUACUCACAGACAAGUCAACUUUUCCAUUCACACACAGAAACCCAACCCAUUACACUGCAUCGUGGCUAAACUACCACUAGAUGGCGACAUUCAUCAGUGGAUAGAAACAGUGGCGCAAACCAAGGAGGCUGUUAUAACGGCCCUGUUAAUGCAGACCAGGUUGUUUUCACUUUUGAAAGUAUUUCUAUUAAAAUACUUUCCGAAAGACAAUGCAACUACAUAAUGCAUAAUUGUGUCAGUUCUAAGAAUACUUUGUAACUAAGUAAUGUCAGGAAAAUCACUCAUGUAAAAUGUCUUUUGAUGGUUUAUUUAAACACUUAUGAUAGGACAACAAUAAAAUG